AUGGAUCGUGAUCGCGAAGAAGUGACCGAGUUCCUGGGGCAGGUGCCCCUCCUGCAGUGCCUCCCGGGUUCCUCCAUCCGCAGAAUCGCCGAGGCCGUCCAGGUCAGGAACUACGAGCCUGGUGACUAUGUCGCUCGCGAAGGUGAACCUGUUGAUGGCCUUUACAUCAUAUUGGAUGGUCAGGCUGAAGUUUCUGCACCUGCGAAUGCAGAAGAAGCAAACCGCCCAGACUAUGUGUUAAAUAAGUACGACUACUUUGGUUACGGAACUAAUAGUUCUGUUCAUCAAGUAACUGUUGUUGCACUCUCAAAGCUGACCUGUUUCAUAUUGCCCAAUCAAUAUGCACAUUUUCUAAAACCAGAGGAAACCUCCAAUCGCUUCUUCCGUAUCCCGACAUGGCUAGCCUUUGUGGCCGUGGUCGACUUCCCCAAUGAACAUUGGUACGAAACCAAGAUUCAUGAGUGCUUCCGGGGUUUCAGCAAUGUGGCUGAGAUUGAUCCCGAGUGCUUGACCCAGAAUAACUAUGCAUCACUCCGUCUCCUCCUUGAGGUCAAUGACCGCCUGGAACUCCCUUAUGAAUUGCGCAUCUCCGCUCCGAAGGGGGUUGGCCGACAAGGGUGCGUGGCCAAAAUCCUGCCGAUCCGUGUUUGGCCAAGGGAGUACCAGUUUGACAGUCAGGGUAACUUGGCGCGCUUUUUUGGCCCUCCUGCUCCUCCUCCCCUUGGUCCCAGCCUUGGGCCCUUGGGUCCUGUCAGCUGCGCGCAGCAGGCGCGCCCUCCGCCGCAUUACUACAGCCAGAUGUACCCGCCGCUCCAGCCUAGCCACGACCAGGGGUACAACCGGCAGUAUGCUUUUGAUCCUUUGGGUGGCCAGCACCUGGCCGCAGCGCCCUCUGCCCAGGUCAUCCUUGGGCUUGCUUUCUCCUUCGCGCGUGACUCGGACAAGUGUGGUGUUGUGCGCGAUGUUUUUACUGAUGCUAAACCUUCCAUAAUUUGCCUCCAAGAAACCAAACUCGACACCAUAAACUUGUACAAAGCCAAAGCCUUCCUACCUGUCAACUUCUCUUCCUAUGUGUUUGCGCCGGCUGACGGCACAAGGGGGGGGGGGAUUCUGACGGCCUGGGAUCCCGCCCUAUUCACUUUGAAACAACAUUUCAUCAGACCUUACACUCUCACCGCUGUCUUCGUCUGUAAUGCUUCAGACCUCGACUUCACUGUCACCAACACUUACGGUCCAUCGGACCGCGCGGGCUCAAUACCAUUCCUGCACGGUAUGCGCGACUUCACAACCCAGAAUCUUAUUCAGGGCCCCUGGAUCCUCCUGGGGGACUUCAAUCUUGUGCGCUGCGCCACUGACAAGAACAAUGGGCAGUUUAGUGUGCCACUCUCCAAUGCUUUCAACGAAACCAUCCAAGGCCUUCAGUUGUCUGAAGUCGAGCUUUCUGAUCGGUUGUACACCUGGACCAACGGCCAGCCACACCCUAUCCUGGCACGGCUGGACAGGGUCUUCACUAACAACGAUCUCGACUUGAUCUUCCCACUCACUAGCCUUUCCUCCCUCCCUAAAUCGACCUCGGAUCACACUCCGCUUCUGUUGUCGCUUUCCACAAGCCUUCCUAAGUCAGGCUUCUUCCGUUUCGAACGUGCCUGGCUUCGAAAUCAAUCCUUUCUUCCUACUGUCCUGGCGGGUUGGCAACAGACGCAUGAACGAGCAGACGCCGCCGGGCAUCUGGCCUCGUGCAUCAAGUCAACGCGUGCGGCGGCGAAGGUCUGGUCGAGGUGUAUAAGGGCACCCAAUUACCUAAUUCACAACUGUAAAUUCAUUAUUCAACUCUUUGAUUUCUUUGAAGAGACGAGAGCACUGUCAACACAUGAGUUCCAGGCUCGCAGACAAGCUCAAGAAACCUUGCAAGAACAGCUCAAAGCCAAAGCAACCUACUGGAAGCAGCGAAGUAAGCAACGGGCAAUCAAAGAAUGUGACUCCAACACCGCCUUUCAUCAUGCACAGGCAACCCAACGCCUGCGGAGCAACUAUAUCAAAAUGGUGAGGGUUGAUGGUCAGGAGGUCGUCAGUCAUGAGGGCAAGACAGCGGCACUGACAGAUUUCUUCAAGUCCAUUAUCGGGGUCCCCGGUGUCUCGGUGCCCUCGCAUCUGCUGCACAUCUACGUAGAUAGGAGCACACCAAGCAGAUCGAUAACAGCACCCUUCACUGAGCAAGAAACAAAGUCAACUCUGUUAUCAAUGAACGUGAACAGUGCUCCGGGACCUGAUGGUUUUGGCCCGACCUUUUACAGAGCAGCAUGGGAGACAGUAAAGGUGCAGAGAGGCCUUCGUCAGGGUGAUCCUAUUUCGCCUUACCUGUUCUUGUUGGUUGCAGAGACUCUUCAGGGUAUGAUUGCUAGAUGCUCUGAGAUCAAACACCCAUCGGAAGAUGGCUUACCAUGUGCAGUUCUCCAAUAUGCGGAUGACACGUUAAUCGUCCUUCAAGGCAACACCACUGGGGUUGCUGCUCUGAAGAACAUUCUUGAUGAUUUUGCAUCUUUCUCUGGCUUGCAUAUAAAUUAUUGCAAGAGCACGUUGGUGCCAAUUCAUAUGACUGACAAUAUAACCCAGGAAUGUGUUCAGGUUCUGGGUUGCAGGCAAGAAUCCUUCCCACAGCCUUACCUGGGGCUGCCACUGUCGGUGCACAAGCUCCCACUGUCAGCAUACACGCCUUAUAUCCAGAAGACUGAUAGAUAUCUUAGUACAUGGCAAGCAAGCUUACUGAACACUAUGGGUAGAGAUGUGAUGGUUAACUCGGUUCUGGAUUCUCAACUGGUCUACUUCAUGAGCUCACUGCAGUUGCCUCCAUCAGUGAUCGAUCAACUUGAUAGGAGAAGACAUGCCUUUCUGUGGAGUGCAGAAAAACAGGAAAAUCAAACCCGGCAAACUGCCUCGUUGCAUGGAUCAAUGUGUGCAAGCCAAGAGACCUAG